AUGUCGUCCUUCUUUGGUUUGGGAAAGACGCGAACCUUCAAGCCCCGUAAGGACGUUCCAGAGGGUACGAAGCAAUAUCAGUUGCGCAAGUACGCAGAGGCAACCUUGGGAUCUGGGAAUUUGAGGCUUGCCGUCCAGCUUCCCGAAGGGGAGGACACCAAUGAGUGGCUCGCCGUUCAUGCGGUCGACUUCUUUAAUCACCUGAACAUGUUAUACGGUACUAUCACUGAGUUCUGCACUCCACAGGAGUGCCCUAUCAUGUCUGCCGGUCCUCGAUUUGAGUACCUUUGGGAAGAUGGCAUCAAGUACAAGAAACCCACCAAACUUCCGGCCCCCCAGUACGUAGACGCCCUCAUGAAUUGGACGCAGAACAUUCUAGAUGACGGAAAUAUUUUUCCGAACAAGAUCGGUGUCCCAUUCCCCCGUAAUUUUCGAGACACGGUCCGCACCAUCAUUCGGAGGCUCUUCCGGGUCUACGCCCACAUAUAUAGCAACCAUUUCGACCAAAUCUGUGCACUAGGCAUAGAAGCCCAUCUGAAUACCAGCUAUCGGCAUUUCUUUCUGUUCAUCAAUGAGUUCGACCUUAUGGACAAGAAGGAGCUAGCUCCACUUGAUGAGCUGAACGACGCCAUUCUUUCCGAGGACAAAUCUCGGUAGUUCCUGCACGCACCCUACCCUACGAGCAAUGCCGUCAAGGUGUGGCUGUCAUCGCGCACUUUUCGAGUAUCGACAAUCCCCCCGGAAAAGUCGAAGGGGUAUAUA